AUGGGAGAGUUGCUCAUGUCUGCUCUUUCUGAGUUGAUUUCCUGUGAAGAAUGUCUCUGUGUUGAUAUCUGGGAGAGAAGAAAAGAAGAGCUGGAGGAGGAUGAGCAUUUUAAAAUCACGGUACUGCUUAACAUUAUGGAAGGUAAAAAGCGGGAGUAUACUAAGUCUAAAAAUGAAAGAGGAACAAAGGGAAGAUUGAGGUUUUCAGUGGCUGCUAGGUUGAGAAUGGCACCUAUUUGGGUCCUGGGCUUGCUUCUCCCUGGGUUUUUCCUCUGCCAGAGUGAUGCUUCCCUAGCAGACUCUGUGGAGGCCAUUGGACUUGUGGAGAGAGCCCUCAGCCCUGAAGUUGACAGCAACUCAGUGGAAAUCGACGGUCUGCAAAAACGAGUAGCAGGUCUUCCUUGCGGUAAACCUCCUCCUCUGAAAAAUGGAAGGUGGACAAUCCGUGGAAGAGUAGCCAUAUACAAGUGUGAUAGUGGAUUUGAACUUGUGGGAAAAUCACAAAUACACUGCAUGCCAAACUGUCGCUGGAAAACUUCUGCACCGGCUUGUGUUGCUGUAUAUUAUGGACCAAGGGGUAUCAAAGGUGAAACUGGACCAAGUGGACCAGCUGGCCCUAAAGGUGACAAUGGACAACCGGGUGAUAUUGGCUGGCCGGGUCGCAAUGGAAUGGAUGGGGCACCAGGUGCACCGGGGGCUGCUGGAAGACCUGGUAAUGUUGGAUGGCCAGGGCGCCAGGGACCACGUGGUUAUCCAGGUGAAAAAGGUGUGAAUGGACGCAAUGGUUUGCCAGGACGUAAAGGACCCGUAGGAAUGCCUGGACCAAGAGGACUGAUUGGUCCAAAUGGACCUCCAGGUCCCAUGGGAGAUAAAGGUGAUCCUGGCCCAAUGGGACCCCGUGGACCAAAUGCGUUUUUGAUAUCAACUGCAUUUUCAGCUGUACUUGACACCAACAAUCCUCCAUCUGGCACACCGAUUACUUGGCAGAGAACAAUCUUUAAUGAGAAUGAGGAUUACCAGCCUGAGACAGGCAUUUACCAAGUGAGGAUCGCUGGUAUUUAUCGCUUUCAUUACAUUCUCCAAGUAUAUUCAAUGAAUGCUUAUGUAGUUUUCAAAAUAAAUGAUGCUGUUGUCUGGAGCACCUUCCAACCUUUUAAUUCCUAUUAUGAAGUUGCAUCAGGUGGUUUAGUAGUAAGCCUGAACCAUGGAGAUCGAGUUUGGUUAGAGGUAAUUGAUAACUGCAGUGGCAUAUGUAAACAUUCUACUUUCAUGGGACAUCUGAUAAGUCCAUGUUUCAAAAAGAAAUUUUGAGACAUUGUCUAGAUUUUUCGUUGGCUUUAUCUUAAUGCCAGUGAUAUUUCCAUGGAUUAAAACAAUGCUGUUCGCAAAACCUAGUCGUCACUCUUCGUUUUUGUGUAUCUAAUUCUAAUAAUCAUUGUUGUGAUUCUUAUUUAAACCUGCACCUCCAGAUGAAGUUCUUCACAUAUUUCAGAACUACUCAUAAAAUAAUCGAAUAUAAAGUACAUCAAUUUACAGGCCACAAUAUUUCUUUACCCAAUUAAGCAUUAUUAUAUUUUAUCUGCCAGUCUAGCCUGCCCUGGUCAAGGGUGAUCAUAUAUUACAGGUCUUAGACCUAAACCUAAUUAUAUAUGUACAUUCUUCAGACUAUUGGCUCUUUCAAGACAAAAUCCAGGUAUCUUCCCAAAUUUCACACUGCCCAUGAACACUUCCUCAGUAAAUCAGCUCUCUGAUUAGCAAACAUGGCUUGGAUUUCUCUAUCCAGAACAGUAAGCUUGAUUACCUUGUUGCUUUCAUUUCUCCUGUCUCUACCCAAAACAAGACAAAAUUGCAGGUAAUAUGACAUUGUUCAGAUUAGAAAGUUGUGAAGGACACUUUGUGAUUGGGUGUAAAAAAUUUAGCUUUCAGCAUCAGGUGAUGUGAAAUAUACCAGUGGCACAUCACUUGAAAUAAACUGAAACUUUAACGUCAGUAAACAGACAGUGGGCAGUCUUAUAUUGACUUGAAUCAAACAUUCACAGAGUAUCCACCCUUAAUCAUAUAUUGCCAGUAACUAAAGAUUGUAAGUAGAGAAAGAACCUGAUGGGUUAGGCCGUUGUUUGACUUUAGAAAGAUUAGGGCUCUCAUGUUUGUUCAUUAGAAUACCAAAACUACGUCUGUGUGCCAGUUCAUUACUGUCCACUUUUAUAAGUUUUAAGCUGUGACCUGUUAUUAUAGUAGUCUCACAGCAGCUGCUCUGACAGUUAACAGUCAAUCUUCAUUGCCAUCUUUAAUCUGAUGUUCUUAUUUGAUAGAUGUACAAAACUCAAAUUUUCAAAUAACCAACCAACAGAUUGACAAUGAGUUUGCAAGUUUACAAUACACAUCACUGGCUGCAGCUCCUGCCCUUCACAAUUUGGGACCCCAUUUACUGCAAGUUACUGUUCACUACUGGUAACGCAUAGUGGGAAAGGUAAACACAAUCUGCCCCAUUUGUGUUCAUUUUCUAUCCAAACUUGUCCAAUUGAGGACAUCUCACUUGACUCACAACACUGAUUACGGCCAAUUAUUACGUGAAAGUAAUUAUAUUGGUUGAAAUUUGUUAAUCAGAUGUAUUUUGUAAUGUUAACAUUCAGAAUGUUCUGAACAAUUGUAAUAAAUCAGCUUUUGAUCUUGAGUACUCAUGAGCCCAGUAGAUUAUUGGACUGAAAGCAGUUUACUUGAACUGUCCUUUUUAAAUGUUGAUUCCUGUGAAAAUUCAGUUGUAUGGAAAUUUUCAAAGAUACACAAUAAAGAAU